UGUCUACUCCCAUCACCUACCCAUAUUCCAAAUUACUCAAUGGCGAAAGGCAGCUCAAUAUCAUCAAUGAAGCGUCAUCGUUUUGUUUCAUCAGGUCUAUUAUUGCUACUGCUGGUGCUGCUUUUGUCUGUGCAGAUCAGUGUUGUCCAUUGCAGAGCUCUUCGUUCGAUGACCACUGGUGAAAUAUCUGGUUGUCAGCAGCAGAAAGAUGUAGCUCAUCAAUCGGCCGGCGGAGUAGCUUCAUUCGCCGUUUCUUCCAAUAACUCUAUCGGCGGUGGUGGAACUUCCGUAAGCUUGAUGUUUCAGUUGGCUUCAGGACCUAGCAGAAAAGGCCCUGGACAUUGAAGAUAUAGCACUACAUACUCUUAGACUUGUUAAUCAAUUAACCCAUUUCGAUACUCUUAUUUUUACGUAUAAAUUUUUAUCUUGGAUGUGUAUUUGUGACAGUUUUGUGAAUUUUUUUAUCAAGCGAAGAUGGUGAAACUUUGUUUCCUUCUUUUUUUUUUUUUUAAUUUUGUCCUACAGGAAGGAUGAAGAUGAAUCUAUUAGGUUCAUACUUGUAAUUUGUUAAUCAAAGUUGAAACUAAAUGAAUUAGUAGAUACAGUUUUGAUGCAAUUUGGAAUUUU